AUGGUCACCCAGGGAGAUUAUGUGGUCUUAACCUUAUCUGGGGUCCUUUUAAAAGUGGAGUGUUUUCUAAGACUAGUAGCAGAGGAGGAAGUUAAAGAUAUUCAAAGGAUGCAAGGAAUUCAACAAAGGAAUGAGGCUGGGAUGAGGUACUCAAAAGAAAGUCUAGAAUCGGAGAAGAGAAGAGAGUCUGAAAAACCAGGAGUUCAUGUGACCACCCAGAUGAGGCGUGCAUUCUAUCCGAAUCACUCACUGAGAUGUUGCUCCAUGCGAGGUCACUCGUCGUGUAGACACUGCUUUUGUGCAGCUGAGGGAACAGGAACAGUACUUCUUGGUCCCUGCCGCACAAUACGUAUUUAUAUUCACAUGUGCCUGUUGUGGGAGCAGGGUCAGCAGAUCACCAUAAUCAGGGGAUCACAAGAAUUAUCAAAAACAGAUUCUCGAGGGUAUCUCGCGCGAAAUCAAUGGUCCCGGACAUCACAGCGUCCAUCCACUAGGGCUCCAUCCACUGACGAAUCCAGAAGCAGGAAUGCCAGUCUUAAGCUCCCUAACAGCAACACCACCUCCAGGACUCCAUCCACCUCCCCUAGCCAGCAUGAUUCCACUCCGCAGCUGUCUGCACAGUCUUCGCCUCCCACACAGUCUAAGCAACCCAUGCCUUCAGUAUCGCGGCCUCCCACACCCCCGGAGCCCCAGCCAGGCUCCAGGCGCAGCACCAAAAUGCAGGAGAAUCCGGAAGCCUGGGCUCAUGGCAUAGUCCGGGAAAUCCGGGAAGCCCGAGAAUCACAGCCACGGGAUUACCCACGCACUCCCCCCACCGAAUGGAGGGCCUAUGCUCAGCGCAGGGGCUCCUACUCAAUCUCCCAGCAGGACCGUGACUGUUUCUCGGACCAGCAGGGGCAAGACCAGGACGAGGAUGAGGCUUACUGGGCAUCCCUGAGAACGAUGUAUGAGAAGACUCCUAGCAGCUCACGUCCACGGCCACCCAAACCCAAACAUGCCAUCACCAUUGCCGUCUCAUCCCGGGCACUCUUCAACAUGGUGGACGGCAGGAAAAUCUACGAGGAAGAGGGCCUAGAAAAGUACAUGGAAUAUCAGCUCAACAACGAGCACGUCAUCUUGACCCCAGGACCCGCUUUCCGUUUUGUUAAGGCACUGCAGCAUGUCAAUGCUAGACUCCGUGAGCUGUAUCCUGAUGAACAGGACUUAUUUGAUAUUGUACUGAUGACUAAUAACCAUGCCCAAGUGGGAGUGCGGCUUAUAAACAGCGUCAAUCACUAUGGCUUAUUAAUUGAUCGCUUCUGUCUGACUGGUGGAAAAAGCCCCGUUGGCUAUCUGAAGGCUUAUCUUACCAACUUGUAUCUUUCUGCGGAUUCUGAAAAAGUACAAGAAGCAAUACAAGAAGGAAUUGCCUCAGCAACAAUGUUUGAUGGAGACAAAGAUAUGGCUUACUGUGACACACAGCUCCGUGUGGCCUUUGAUGGAGAUGCUGUCCUCUUCUCUGAUGAGUCUGAACAUAUUGCCAAAGAACAUGGGCUGGACAAGUUCUUUCAACACGAAACAUUAUUUGAGAACAAACCUCUUGCACAGGGUCCCUUGAAAGGCUUUCUGGAAGAUUUAGGAAGACUGCAAAAGAAGUUUUAUGCCAAAGAUGAACGGUUACUUUGCCCUAUCAGGACCUACCUGGUGACUGCCAGGAGCGCAGCCAGCUCAGGUGCUAGAGUGUUGAAAACCCUUCGUCGCUGGGGUCUAGAGAUAGACGAAGCUCUCUUCCUUGCUGGAGCCCCGAAAGGACCCAUCUUAGUGAAGAUUCGACCCCAUAUCUUCUUUGAUGACCAAAUGUUCCACAUUGAAGGGGCACAGAAAUUUGGCACCAUCGCAGCUCAUGUACCUUAUGGCAUUUCUCAAAAAAUCAAUCCUUAGGUGAUGGGAAGGUGAAAUACAGCACUGACAGUCCAGUAUUACAGAAGUUACUCCAUGUGCGUCCCCUGAGUCAUUAGGUGGGUGUUUCAGAAGAUUGGACAUCAGAACCUAGCACUUCGGGGGAA